UUUACUGCGUUAGCCGGUUCAUUUUUUUUAAUAUAUUAUAAUAAUAUCUAAAAUAUAUUAUAAUAUUAUCAGAGAGAUAUAAAAGAGUAGGAUAACGCAUAUAAUGUCUGAAAUUUUGGAAAUAGACGGAAGCGUUUUAGAAGGGGGAGGUCAAAUUUUACGAAAUACUAUAUCACUUAGUGCUAUUCUUGGAAUUCCUGUGAGAGUAUUGAAUAUUCGCGCAGGAAGAAGCAAACCUGGCUUAGCAGCUCAACAUUUAAAAGGUAUCCAACUAGUAGCUGAAAUGUGUAAAGCCAAAUUAAAAGGUGCAAAUAUUGGCUCUACCGAAAUUGAAUUUAUCCCAGGAAAAAUUAAAGGUGGCCACUAUGUAGCAGAUACUCAAACUGCAGGUUCAAUAAGUCUUCUUCUACAAGUGGCUUUACCAUGUGCAUUAUUAGCCGACUCACCCGUUACCCUGGACCUUAAGGGAGGCACCAACGCUGACAUGGCCCCUCAGAUAGACUAUAUGGAUAAGGUAUUUAGGAAUAUCCUUAAGUGGUUUGGCGGGGAUUUCUCUAUGGAAAUAAUAAGGAGGGGUUAUUUCCCCCGGGGUGGUGGUCACGUCAGAGUUGAUGUGACUCCAGUCAGAUCAUUCCAUAGUGUAUCUGUUGUGGAAAGAAUGGAGCUUCAAAGUAUAGACGGUUGGAGCUUUGUAGCUGGCACAUUGCCUGUCAAAAUGGCGUAUCAAAUGAGUGACGGGGCGAAGGCCGAGUUGCGAGGGUACUCCGCUAACAUUCACAGUUAUAAAGAAGAUCGGAACAUGGCGACCGAUAAUUGUGCGGGCAUUGUACUAGCAGCUUCAUUCGCUAGUGGUUGCGUAGUUGGUAGCGACGCGCUCGGGCGACGCGGGAUCGAGUCGCAACAAGUGGGGCGGAAAGCUGCGGAACCGUUACGGAAAGUUCUGGAAUCUAAAGCGUGUGUAGAUGCGCAUGCUCAGGACCAGAUGAUAUUGUACAUGUGCCUAGCUUCAGGCCAGUCGUCGGUACUAGUUGGUGACGUCACACUGCACACACAGACCGCUAUACAUAUAGCUGAAACUAUAGCUAAGGUGAAAUUCUCAAUUCGUCCAGAAGGCUCUGAAAACAUGAUCGAAUGCAACGGCUUAGGUUUUGUGAAUAACAAUAUACCAGAGUGAAGAUUUUUGAUGACUGUUCUCUCGUUCUAUCAUAAGAAGAAAUGCAUAAGAGUGAAAGAGUAUAAUGUAUUUAAAAUUGAUACUGCGUGUAUUAAUAUUUAGCUUGAAUAAUACGUAAAGGAAUAUGUUGUAUUAUUUAUUUGUUUUCUAUGUACUAAAAAUGUAAAAUAUGUCUUGUGUAAGUAUAUAAAUGUUAAGCUUAUAACCGACUGAUGACGCUUAUGUUUGUAAUAAACGUUAAUUUAUUCUA